UUUAUGUAUAAAUAAAAAAAGUAAACAAAAGAUGAAUUUCGUUCAUUUCUCUUCUCGAAAAAUGAAAAACUGUGUGGAUGGAUUUAUUACGUGACAUACAUAGUGGUUUGGAACCACCUGUGAAAUAUUCUAAAAUUUCAUUUAUACGAGGAAGUUAUUCUUAUUAUCAUUAUCUUUGUGAUAAAACCGAUGACAAGGGCUGGGGGUGUGGCUAUAGAACCUUACAGACUAUUUGCUCUUGGAUUAUAGAACAACAAAAACAAAAACGAUUUAUGAAGGUUCCAUCAAUAAAAGAAAUCCAAAGAGCUCUAGUAGAAAUCGGAGAUAAAGAAGAUGAUUUUAUUGAAUCAAAGGAAUGGAUUGGAACUGUUGAAGUAGCAUAUGUUAUUGAUCAUAUUUAUGAAAUUCCAUGUAGAAUAAUGCACAACAGGUCUCUAAAAGAUUUAAAAGAUCAAGCCAACAAUAUUUUGCAACAUUUUGAAGAGUAUGGUUCUCCUAUUAUGAUGGGAGGUGAUCGGGAUUGCUCCUCUAAGGGCAUACUUGGAAUCUGUGAAAAUCAAGAUGAGAUUUAUCUUUUAAUUCUGGACCCUCAUUUUUGUGGUAAAGCUGUUAGUAAAAAAUUUCUACAAGAAACUGGAUGGAUAACAUGGCAAAAUAUUAAUUCACUUGACCAUAGCUCCUUUUACAAUUUAUGUUGUCCAUUAAUAAAAACUUCUUAGAAAUUC